CGCCCAAAUAACCUUGUCUGCCUUCUGAAGCCUUGAACGUUUAUUAUGUUAUGACUGUAGAGAGCUUUCAGGGGCCUCAUCCUGUGAAAAAUAUAACUUCUUUAAGGGCCCCUGGUUAUAUGUUGGGUUUUCACAUGCAAAUUGACAGAUUGAUUUCUUGAUGGGCUACUCCCCAUCAACACAGCACUUUUGCAAGUUCUUCCAAAUACAGUUAAUCCCUCCCUUUCCCUGUGCACAAACUAGUUAUGGAAACGAGGGCAUACAACAUUAUUAUAACAUAAACACAUUUAAACCUUAAAUAUUAAAACAAACCCAUCAUUGUCAUACAAGCACAAUUAUUCUUUCACUCUAUUUGACACUGCUGAGGUCUCACCUGGUAUACUGUGUCCUGUUUUAGGCACCACAUUUGAAAAAGGACAAGGACAAACUAGAAGGACUGCAGCAGAGAACAACAAAAAAUAUUAGAAUUCUGGUAUCACAACAUCUGAGGGAAUGUUGCAAGGACUGGGAAUAUUUAUUUUACUUAUUUAUUUAUAGAUUUACAUUAGGGAGUUGGCAAACCCUGCCACAUGUGUCAGAGUGUGGCAUGAGGAGGCAUUUUACUUGGCACAUGCACCUUGAGGCGGAUGGCGAUGUAGCCCAAUCCGGGUUGUGACAGUGCAACCCCAGCCCCUUCUCCGCUGUUCACACCAAGGGGCAAAUGUACCUGCCACCAGCAAUGAGUCAGGCUGCUGCUAGCACCUCAGGCUCCAUGGUGGGUGGCAAGGGCCUGCUUAGAGCCCAGGCCAGCUGUGGGAGGCAGCCAGGAGACUACAAGUGGCUGCACCAGGGUCCACGGAGCCCUGCCCUGACUUGUUGCUGAUGGCAGGUAUACAUAUGCCUCGGGGAAAAAUGCUGGGGAAUGGGCCAGGGCUGCACUAUCACAACAAGGAUCAGGCCUCUCAUGGGUCCCCUGCCACCUGCCCCUGGCAUACCAACAUCUUACAAGUUGAGGUUACGGGUGUUUUUGAUUCUCUGUCCAAAAACGUUGCUGAUCCCUGAUUUAUAUGCCUCCCCAAAAAAGGCUCAGGGUAGUUUACAAUGAAAGACAAAAAUAUAGAAACAGAAUAAAAUAUUCAAAUAAGAAAUUACAACAAAAUAAACUCCCCUAUUAUCUCCCCCCAAUUAAAAAAUAAUCCACUUCACUCCACCUCCUCCCACUCUGCCUAUGACCAAAGAAAGCAUCCCUUUCUAGUCAAUGCAACCUGCUUCCCAACCACAUAUGACCACAAAAGAAAAGCACACAUUAGCUCUAAAAGAACGAUUACUCAUUUUCCUUAUGUAUACCUUAGGUAGAUUAGAGCCUGUGCAAAAUUGUUUCAAUUUAGUUCAUCUUGUUAUACCUCAAAGUUGAUGAAUAUUGAGUUUGCAUAAAUUAAUCUGGCUGAGAAAGGCUGAUUAAAACACUUCAUUGCGUAGUUUACAAGAAACUACCAAAAUGAUAUUUCCCAACAUCCACCCACAGAAUUUAUACAGAGUUUUCUGAAGUACAAUUUAAACAGAAAGAUACAAAGUGGGUGAAAAAAAUAAUGAAGUGUGAUUUUAAACAGACUAGGGAGAAGAAAACAUAAAUUACUUAUUCCCUCUGAAGUCUAACCUCUCUGAAACCUAACAAUGCAGUUUAACACUAACCAGAUACACUGAAAAAGUGCAAAUUAUGAAAUGUGUAGUAAUUUUUUUUGUCAUAAUUUUAGACCUGGAAAAGCUCCAAUAUUCUUAUGUAACCUCUCAUCCAGGGCACAAAUAUCAUCACAUAUUGAACCACUAAAAUAUAUAUGCUGAUGUACGUUAGCAAGAAUGAUGAGCUUGUGGCUAGAGCACACAAUCUGGAACCUGGUUUAUAUUUUUGCCUUCGUUACUUCACAUAAAUCACUUAAUACUUCUGUCUCACAGUUUUUCCAUAUGUAAAGUGGAAAUAAUAAUACCUUUUUCACACACCUUAAAAUCCACCAGAUUGUAUAUACCUUUAAGUUCCUGGGGGGAACGUUUCUAAAGAAUUUCAAAGUUGUUUUAUUUAUCCCUUAAACAAAUGGGCAAAUCUUAUUUCAUUUUACACACUAAAAUGGCUGAUUUCAAGCCAUAGAACUGCUCUUUUUGGUACUUAUGCCACCCCAUGUGCAAUGUGGAUAUGUAAGCAUCCACACAGAUACCAUGUAUGUGCAGUAAGCUGUGCUCUGGUCAGGCAGUUGCAAUGGUAACUAUAAAUUCAUAAUCAUACUUGGCAAAAAAACAUGUUAAGCAGCUAUUAGAUGAGCGGAGGGCAGUUCUGCUAUGCUUAAGCCCCAACAGCUGAGUGAUUAGAGCAUUAAGACAGUCAAAGAGAUACAAGGGUGGGAAGGUGCAAAAUUAAGUUUGGGUCCUAACCACUGGGCAAGUGCCCUAACCACUGAGCUACUGAGACUAAAGCAGAAGAGGGCUUUCCUUUUCCUCAUUUUGGCCACAGUAAAACGUUGUGACUUGGGCUCAGUUAUGUGAAUACAGAGUCACCAACCUGCCCAGCCGGAUUAUGCAACCUCCUGUAGGCGCUCAGUAGCCAGAGGCUGUGCCUUACUGUAUGCAGAGUAGGAUUGCAAACUGUGUGCAGGUACCCAAAAUAGCAAGGGCAUGGCUGGAAAGCUGAUUUUGGCACCAAAAGUAAACUCAGAGGUGUAAAUGGUCCAGCUGGACCUGGGCAGCACAGGGUAGGGGCACGGAGCACCGCAGAGGAGCAGGAGGCUUCAGUCCCGAGAGCAGAACCGGGCUGUGAGGCUGCUGCAAGGGAACGGGUCACCCCAGCGCCGGGCUCACCCUGCAGCGGCCGCAGUUUCAUGCAGGAGCCACCAGGCAAAGCCCUCGGUUUGGCGGCCGCGUCAAGACCAGGGAGGACUUAACCCAGCUGUUGGCUGGACCCGUCCCUCCCACGGAGGCUGAGCCACAGGGCCUCCGUUCUCCUUCACCGGGGCCAUGAUGUGGCGCCCUCCGGGGGGCUGCUGGGUGAACCGGGGCUCUUCUGCGCUCCAGGCGACCUUUGGGCCGUCUGUUCCGGCGCCGCCGACGGGCCUGGCCUUCCCGCCCGGGACAAGCCAGCGGCGGCCACAAGCUGCCUGGAGUUGGGGCGGGCGCCGUGGGGCUCCUCGCUCCGCACCCACACGGCCUGGGCUCAGCGAUGCGCCGGGGGCUCCGUGCUUCUCGUUUCCCUACGCGAACAGCGGCCUCCUUCUUCCCUUCAAGCCCCAUGGGGCCGAGGCGCUGCCGGAGACGGCGGGGCGGGGCGGGGUAGCGCGGAGAAGCUGCGCCCGGGCUGAAGCCAGUCAGAGGCAAGUGCCUGCAUCCGGCUCCAGCGGGAUGCGCCCGCGCCGCCGGGGCUGCCUCUGCAUCACGGAAGCUUUCGUGGGGGGGUGCACUCGUCCUCGGGACCGGCUAGACACGGAAAAAAAUUUUGUCAGGAAGAAUGAAACUGAGAACCCACUGGCUGAUUCCUCCCCACCCGAUGGUCUUAUUUCAUCAGCUGCAUGCACAGAGGGAUGAGGAGUGUCCAGAGUGUUGUUGCUGAAAAAACAACAUAUCAAUCCUCUCCUGCGCUUUUUCCUCAACUUAUGCUCAGCCACUGAAAAAAUAAAAAAACAGCUCAUCAUAAACUCACUAGAAAUAGGUAGAAAGAGUGAAUUCUCCAGGAUUUUCACAUCUGCCUUGAUUCCUACUUUGUGACCUUGACCACAAGAUGUGUGACCUGAACAAAACCACAACACAGAACUCAACAGGGGUCCAUUUAGCUCCAUUAGGUUUGGUCCUAGGUUGCAUUUCGCUGAUCACUAUUGUCCUAAAUAUAUUGGUCCUAUAUGCAGUGAGAACAGAAAAGAAAUUACAGACAGUUGGCAACCUAUAUAUUGUUAGCCUCUCUGUUGCAGAUCUUAUAGUUGGUGCAGUUGUUAUGCCCCUGAAUAUCGUGUACCUACUGACCCCAACAUGGGUCCUAGGUAGACCAAUCUGUCUUUUCUGGCUUUCGAUGGAUUAUGUAGCCAGCACUGCUUCCAUUUUCAGCCUCUUCAUAUUGUGCAUAGAUCGUUACCGUUCCGUUCAGCAGCCGCUCAAGUAUCUCAAGUACCGGACCAAAACUAGAGCAACUGUAAUGAUUUCCGGAGCUUGGCUAGUUUCUUUUCUGUGGAUCAUACCAAUUCUGGGUUGGCAUGUUUUUGCCAAUGGUGGAGAAAGGAAGGUUUGUGAAGAUGUUUGUGAAACUGAGUUCCACAAAGUCACCUGGUUUAAGGCGUCAACAGCCAUUGUCAACUUCUAUGUGCCAUCUUUACUGAUGUUAUGGUUCUAUGUGAAAAUAUUCAGGGCUGUUCAGAAACACUGUCAGCAUCGAGAGUUCAUCAAUGGAUCAUAUCAGUCUUUCUCAGAAAACAAAAUCACACAUAGUGGUAAGGUUCAAGAAGAGCAAAACAUUUGUCUCCAGAAGGAAAACUUGGGUUUAAACACAAAUGUUUUGAAAAAAAGCUUGGUAGAUCCCAGCUGCAAUGUCAAUAUCAACUUCCCUCCUGAAAGUGUAGAGGCAAAGCUUCACCGAGGCAGCUCAGACAAAGCCUCAAAGGCCCUCCCUAGAAGAAAUGACAGAAAAGUCAUGAAACUUAGCUGCUUCCCCCUCACUAUUGCCCAGACUCAGCCAGGCAUAGAAAAAGUGAGCAGGAUGUAUACGUCAGUUGAUAAGCACAAACAGAAUGAAGAGUUGCCUUGCCCAGGGGAUCCUGAAUUAAGUGACACGUCUGAACACACUUUCGCAGAAGUGGCCUCAUGUAAAAAUGACUCUGAUCCUACUUUGGAGUCAAAUUCUGGUUCUGAAGAAAAGACUAAUAACAAAGAUGUUGUAGGUCUUGGUUACCUGAAAAACACCUGGAAGAGACUGCGCAUCCAUUCCAAGCAACACAUACAAGGACUACAUAUGAACAGAGAAAGAAAAGCAGCCAAGCAGUUGGGUUUUAUAAUGGCAGCUUUCAUGUUGUGCUGGAUUCCGUACUUUGUGGUGUUUAUGAUAAUAGCUGUUUGUAGGUGUGAGAAGUUUAAGUUACACAUGUUCACUAUCUGGCUUGGCUAUGUGAAUUCCACCUUUAACCCACUCAUCUAUCCUCUCUGCAAUGAGAACUUCAAGAAGAUUUUCAAAAAGAUCCUUCGUAUCUCUUCAUAAUUUAUCUUGUGGCUGAUUUUAUUUGGUGUGGAAAAACAAAUGAAGUGUUCAUGACUCUUCAGUGACACACAACCUUUCACUUUUUCAAGGGAAAAAUAAUCAUGCGUGAGGUAUAAAGCUUUGGAAGAUUAUCUGUAAAACAAGUGUCUGUGAAAGUGGGCAAUGUGUAUGUUCAUAUGGCAAAUAGGAGCUUAAGAGUUCAAAGUAUUUAUAGGGGAUCUGGCUUUGACCAGGACUCCUGAUAACUCAGGGGCCAGUCUAAGGACUGCUAGGCUAUUGUGCAUUUUUUACAUCUUUUAAGACUACCUCUUUCCAUUAUGUAUACCAAAACUGGAGAGAAGAUAGAAAUCUUCAGUGAUAUAGAAGUAUCUGGAAAAUUUAUAGAAAGAAACAGACUGCAGUUUAUAUUAUUAGCCAAAUACUCAUUUUGACUUCUAUAAUAUACAUUUUUAAACCUGGGAACAUGCAUCUUGUUGAAGGCAUAGAUUGCUUACCACAUAAUUUUUUUAUGUAGUAUAAAUAUGGAGUUUGAAUUGUUGUUUUUUUUCAAAUGUAUCCUGUUUAUUUAUAAUUUCCCCGGUAUAAUGCACUUUUUAGAGAUACCAAGUUGUAUUGUGAUGUGCUAUAAAUCUUGGGUUUUGUGUUUAACAUUCUUCAGUGUUUGUUCAUUUCACUGGAAAACACAUUAAUAAUUUUCUAUGCUUCAACUAUUUUCCAUGUUUAUUGUAUGUAAGACUUCUACCAGCCACUAUAUGCUAGUUACUCCUGUUAAGAAAGUGCACAAUUGAUUCUGGGCUUGUAGAGAUACAGUUAUGUUAGAGUAACAGUUAUGUACUAUUUCUCCUUCCCCUAAUAAGUUCUGCUAAAGUUAGUGCAUGCAUGCUACCUUUCACUAUAUAAAAUAUUCAUGCAAAUCUGCAUCCAGCAACUAAGAUUUUAGAGAAAGAGAAAUGGAUAUCCAAAGUAUGCGUUUCUUUUGCUGUCACUUAAAUGUAAUUGUAUCUCAAAAAUCAAGUUGAAAAUUCUAUUUACACAUUCAGGGCUAAACUAUAAAUGUGCCAAGGAAACAAGACCGGUUCUACUUUGACUGAGAGAGGUAUUCAACUGGAAGUGAAGCUAAUAAGUAACAUUUGCAGAGUCACUGGCUGAUCCAUUGUUCUAGGUACUGCAGCAAUCCCUAAAAGCAGAUAUUCCUAUCCACACACUAUGAAUCAAUGGUGACCCAGUGUGUACAUUUAAAUUUGGAUUUCUAAACAUAAGUUCAAGAACCAAAACAUAGUUAAUUAAAGUGUUUCUACUGGCGUAAGUGCUGGGCCUGCUUAAGGUGUACCAGAAUAAUCACACCAAGAUAUGAUCAUGCAGAGGACAGGAAGGAUAUUUAGCAAUAUAUAAGCUGACAGCCACAUUAUACUAUGACUGCAGCAUAGCAACACAUGCCUCCAUGUGCUCCUUUGAUGGAACUAGUUAAAAGAAAUAGUAAGCAGAACUUCAUUAAGAGUUCAUCCCUGUGGGGUCCCCCUCAGCGGUAUAUAUCAUUGGAUAGUGUGGCAGCCCAGACAUAAUACUACCAGCUUCCAUAACAUAUAAUCUCUAGACUUCAUCAGGUAUACUUCAUAUAAUGUCUAGGCCUCAGCAGAUAUACUUUAGUCUUGUGAUUUAGGGAUGGGUUGAGGAAACACUGUUUUUUCUUUCAUACCCCUAUAGUCAGGAAGGCCUCAUGCUCUUGCUUUCUAAAGGACCUCUAAAAUUCAGCCUAACAAUACUAUCCUCCUGCUGCCAUCUUGAUAUCCUGGUGCAUUUCUUUGUGAGAAUGAAAACAGUGUUUCAGUACUUCUAAAAUUGCUAAAUUAAUUUAGCAACAAAGAUAUAAUGGGCUGAGGAGAAGAGCUUUCUCCUGCCUACUCUUACCCUAUUAGGAAAAAAUAUUGUAGUGUAAUAGAAGAGAGGAACUGGGAGUUAUGUCAUCAAGGUUCUAUUUUCUGAGUGCAUACAAAUUUGCUGAGUGAUCUUGAGCAAGCUAAAACUUUGCUGUUUUUCUUACUGUUCAUUUGUUAAGUAAGCAUAAGCAAAGGUGUGAUAAGAGACAUGGGCAGUACUGGCAC